UAGAUGAAAUUUUAAAAAAUCCAUAUGAAUUCAGACUUAUAGGCUAGUUAUUUUCGGAAAACUCCACGACAAAUUUUUUAGCUAUAUAUGAGUUUUAUGGAUAUUAGAAUAUUCUAAAAAUUUCAGCUCGAAGUAAUAUAUUCUUCUUGAGAUAUUGAGUUUCUAAUGAGGGAACCCAUCCAACUCUAAUUAGGACUCGUACCAUUCAACUUUUUGUCUUGAUUUAUAAUCAUUUUUACAAAACUUUUAGCCUAUUGUAGGAUAUUAUGAGAAAAAUUACAAUAAGAAAUUUCAUUCUCUAUGAUAUAUUGAACGUUUCAGCUCAAAUCGAUGUUUUUCUUUUAAAAUAAUUUGUUUGCAAAAAAAAAAUAUUACUUUCAUAAAAGGGCUCCCAAAUAUUCUAGAUUUUAGUCAUACAGUAUCUUAAGAUAAAAUGAUUCAUUUGAGUUGAAAUUUUCAGAACAUAAUUGGGAUCAUUGGAGCUAUUCUUCGAUGAAAAGCUCCAUCAAACGAGCAUAAAUUGAGAAGAAAAAACUAAUGGCACGAACUUCUUCAGGAUUUCAAUCUAUCCUAUGAGACUUGUUUAUCAAUAGAAAUCUUUCAACUUAGAUUUUCAUAAAUAACUGGUCAAGAACAUGAAAUAAAAUAGUCAUCACUCUUGCUCAGUACUGCAUGAUCUCGAACAAUACAUAUAAGUUCUUAUCGGAUUACUAUCGACACACAACACUUGCUAGUAAUCAUAUGGAUGUAAUUAUCUUUUAUACCGAAUAUUUCUGGCGAAGAAAUUGAAAUUGAUCAAGAAGCUCGUAAAGCAUUGAAUUUUAUGGAAACAGUGAUUCGAUUUCAUACACAUAUAUUUAUGUGGCGUCUAAGACCAAUGAAAAGUGCAAUUGUUCGAUUAUUUCCAUAUCUGUGCGAAUUAGAAAGUAUUGUUCCAAGUGAAAAUUUAACCAUCAGUCGAAUGCAUGUCGCUAUGACUUAUUUUACAUACACCAUUUCUUGA